GUCGUGCAUGUGUAAUGGUCGCCUGCAGAGCGGCUGUGGCUCCGAGACAGAAUUGACGAUACCGGAUGUUCCCGAGCGUGGCAGAACUCGACGGGUCCAUAAAACCGACAUAAGCCGAAACACUUCCUCUACUGCCGAUCAUAGAAGUCUGGUGUUGUCGGGUUUUGGGUGGCGGGGUGGACGAGAUUAAUGAAAUAAAGAUUUUGAAGAAAACCAUCACUCCUCAGCCCCUCCCAGCCCAGCGAUUUUUGGCUUCGAGGCUUGACAAAGACACUGACCAUUAAAGAUGAAGGUACUCAGCGCUGCAGUGUUGAGCGCCCUGAUCUGCACGGCUGUGGCCUCUUUGGAAGUUAAAGAGGAACACCAGACAGCCUUCUUUGGGGAGGAGAUUCACAUCAACGUCCCGUCUGGAAACCUUCAUGAGGUCGUGUUCAAACCCAGGACCAACGGCUCCGCUGAGGUGGUUCUGCUGCAGGCGGGCCAGGUGGUGAAUCCCAGGGCCCGCCUCAGCUCCCUGGGCCACCUGGUACUGGAGGACAUGCUGGAGGAGGACGAAGGGGUGUACGUCAUCAAGAACACGAACAGCCCCAACACCGCCAAGCACCUCAUCAUCAUCGUCAGGGACUGCGCUUUGGAGCAGAUGGUGAACUAUGGAGAAACUUACCAAAUCUAUCUCAACCAAGUGGAAGGCCCCAUCACUCUGGAGUUCAGGCCCGCUCUGACUCCGCCCAAUCAGACGGAGAUACAUCACACUACAGAGCCCCCACCCCUGGUGCUGUACAACCAGACGGAGGUGCUGGGCGAGGAAUAUGUGGGGCGCCUUAGUGUGUCGGAGAAAAAGGUGACACUGCACUCGGUCAAGGUGACAGACGAGGGGAGCUUCACAGUGUUGGACCGUGAGGGCAAAGUGAGAAGGAGAAACUGUCUGAAUGUGAGAGAGCACCAGGACUUUCUCCACCUCAUCCACGGAGAAAACCGGAAGAUAAAACUCUACCUGCACCACUCCAACGCUAACAUUGUCUACAGGCCCAAAUCCGGCCAUCAGGACCGGCCCAUCCUGGAGGAGGGGGUCAUGGUGACGCCGCUGGACCCUGAGCUGGAGGGCAGGCUGAGUGUGGAGGGGUCGGAGCUCAUCCUGAAGAAGGCCACCUUCACAGACACGGGGGUCUUCACUGUGACAGACCUGACGGGCUUUACUGUGGCUCAUGUCCACAUAGAGGUUGAAGCCUAUAAGCUGCCUCGUCUGACUGUAGCCAUCCUGGCUCUGAUGGGUGUGAUCGCCUUCAUGCUGCUGCUCUGCCUGCUGUCCUGUGUCUACAGAGUGCACAUGAGGAAUGAGAAGGACAAGAGGGUGAUUCUGCUCGCUCAGCAGGCCGGCAAUAAAGAAGGAGAGGCUUUCAGACAGGUGGUCCAAGACGCUUACACCAGGUUCACUGAGGAAUCUCUGAUGCAGUCUGUGUGUGAGAACCCGUCGGAGAGCACAGAGGUCCCCAUAAAGGGUCUGGAGGUGUCCAAACCGGGCCGCUAUCACACUCUCUCCUCUGACAACCUUUUGGAGAUGAGCGACUCCGGGGUGGAGUUCACCUCCUCUGGCCUCCCACUGGACAGCGAUACGGAUGGCGGCAUGACCUACGCCUCCCACAAGCCCCUCCUGAAAGCCGUCUCCCCCACAGCCAUGACGGAAGAAGUUCCCCCCGAGAGCCCGGAGGCCACCCUGGCCCCCGACGGGGACCUCAGCGGCAGCCGGACCCCUGACUCAGCCAUGAGUGCGAGCCCAGCUUCCAAUCCACGCUCGCUCGCUGCUGCUGCUGCUGCCACCCCCAACGGCAGCCUGCACGGAGCCGCAUCGCCGGGAGCAACCUCCGGGGGCACCGUGGGGUCAGAUCCAGCCCAGAAGGAGGGAGGGGCUGAGAGCGAAGAGGUGGGGCAAAAGGAGGAGUCGGCCCAGAGCACCUGAGAGGCACCACGGUGUGUUUUGUAGCCACAACAAUCUGGCUCCGUCCAUCAUAUCCAAACACCACGAGUCCUUCAUCACUGCAUUUCAAUCGACGACACAGACAAAAUAUUCAUGCUUGGAUCCAGAUGUCAUAUUAGACCAAAAGAAAAUGUUGCACAAAACGCACAAAACGUAACGCACUGAGCACUGAAAAGUUAGAUGCAAAAGAGUAAACCCACACUCUCAUAUGGAAAAUGCAUGCAUUUAAAUGAAACAUUAAAGUAGAUAUCAUAGUUAGGAAAAUGCUGACGUUAGCGUAGACUGACUGCAUGCGAGCUUCAACGGGCAAUAAAAGGAAGCUAUUUGAAAAAGGGGUUAAAACCCUCUCAGCAAUGUUGGGAAAACACCUUAAAGGGAUCAAAUGAUUUCACCCCCUGUCAACAAGGUGACAGUGGGAGUCAGCCGGCUCUGAGGAAUCAGAAAUGAUUCACUAAGACCAAGGAGACUGACAACAGCAGCAAAAAGCCUCUCCUGUAUUGAGGAGAAUCUCAGUGUGUUGCCUGACAACACUUGCAUCUGCUCUCACGGCAUCAGACAAACAGCAAUGAUUGCAUUCCAUCCAUCCACAGACUCUACAAUGCAAGUAUGUCAGAAAGCGCCUCUGCCUCUCAGACACAAGUGCUUGUCUCAGCACUCAUUCACAGAUAUCCACUAGAAAAAACCUCCUCAACUUGCCUGCACAGAAACAAGCUCUGUAAAUUGAAUAGCACCACUCCUAUGUGAGUGACGGUGAUUGUUUUUUUUCCCCUCUCAUAUAUUUGCUAGAUAUUCCCUCAAGAGCCACAGCAUAUACUCUUGAAACUCUCCCCCCCCCCCCAGUGGAAUUGUCCCGAGCCCUGUCAGGGCAAAAUAAAUUAGGAGAACACUGCGAAACACUUUUGGAAUGGUUCCCGAGAACAUCAUUGGUCCCUUUGCAGAAAGUACCAGUUCACGGACACCAUAGAGUGAGCAGCGGCGAUAGAAGAGACCUCAGAGAUGGAUCAGGGUACUAUUCGGAGAACAGACCAUUGACUUUUAUGAUUUAAACCAUCCUGUUUUCCUCUCGACUGCCUUCCAUGGGACAAAUCUCAGAUAAUUGUAGCCCAGUUAUUUAUCAAAAUGUAGGGACCGGAUAGCAGGCAGCCGACAGCCCCAACAGAGAGUCGAUUGUGAAGGUGUGUGUGUGGGUGUGUGUGUGUUAGAAAGCAACUUACAUUAUGAGACAUUCAGUGCUCUGCAUGGAAACAUGAUCCCUUUCAGCUCCUGGAAAAUAGGAAAUGAAAAAGAGAAGGGCAACCUCAGAGGACCUUAAUUAACCGUUCAGAAUAAUAGCUCAAAGCGGCUUGUGCUCUGUGAAUCCAAACCCAUUAGUACAACACAAUAUUCAGUCCUGCUAUUAACUGUACCAGUAAUAGCGUAUAAGGUCAAAUGUUUACAACCAAUAUAGUUUAAAUAUAUUCAGUUAUUCUUUACACCAUCUUUCUCAGUCAAAGGUAUUUUAAAUCCCAAUAAUUACCAGUUCAAACUGAACUGUGUGAGUUUAAAUAAGAACAGAUCAAAGUAGGUACAGAUACUGUUGACCAGGUAGCUGAUUAUUAAGACUUUGUCUCCUUGUGACACCAAAAAGACUAAAGAGUGGCUCGUUUUACGGUGGCUACAACGGCCCAAAAUGCUUAUUAGGAGAAAUGCAAUGCACUUUCAAAAACAAUGCACAUAAAAACGCAAAUGUGCCAAAACACAUGCAAAUGAGUACACAUCUUCAACAACUUGACAACACAUGCACAAACACAGAACGCUGCAAAUCGAAACAUGCUGCAGGAAUCUCUAAACACAACGGAAACACUAAAUGAUCCAUACAGCUGGGACCGGAGCGCUUGUUGACGUUAGGAUGAUAACAUUUGCACACUGUCACAGAAAAACUCAAAUGUUUGUUUUAUUGACUUUUUUAAGAAUGUGAUUGCAUCAUUCCUUCCCAUAUUAUUAUAUCACUAGCUAACGUAGCUAACCUCAUUUCAGUUAUACUGACAAAACACUUGACUACUAGACAGACUAACUCUACCAACAUGGUUUUUGAAAGUGCAGCCUAAUCGUUUUGGGCCGUUGUAGGGUGUUUGCCUCCAUCAGCCAGCGUAUCAUUUAAUUACACACUUUACAACAAUAAACAUAUUGAUGGAGGAUUUCAAAAAACCCACAAGCAGUACGACAGAGAUGAAGAUGAGAGAGCGGCAUAAGUUCAAGCAUGAAUAAAGUCAAUUAGAUGAACAACAUAUUCAAAUGUUGACUAAUUAGUUCCCUGCCAACUCAGCUCACAGGAAACUGAUUUCCAAUGCUGAGGAAACAUGAGACCCCCUCCACAGUCAGAGAUUGACAUUGAACCCUUGCAACACGUUUACUGCUUUAAGGAAUCAAAGCAGAGUCCAUCAAAAACAUCCAUCACCUACUUCACCCCAUGAAACACACCAAACACACUGAUAUCCAUCCGGACAGGGUCCACCGUCCCUUCUGUUCAUAUCUGCAGUAAAGUAAACCUGGAAAGUCUGUAAGAUUUACGACCUCAUAGGGUUACUAAAAGCAGCCGCACGGACACCCACGAUUGGUGUCUGAGCGAGAAGAGCACAACGUUUAUCAUGCGAUUGCGAUGCGUUAUAACAAAAAAUGUAAAAAGUAGCAGCUAUUGUAAAUGCAAUAUAUGGAUUUGCAAAAAGAAACGACUAACUAGGUCCCUUCUUAUUCAGGAAAAAGCGGCUUUGAUUUAGUUUUUAUUUACUGCAAAGGGAAAAUAUAUAAACCCUGAAUGUGUAAAGUGAUGUGCACACCCUACUUGUUAUUGGAUAUUGAUUUUGUAUGGCUGUUUUGCAGAGAAGCACAUUUGCUUGUUCAGGUAAUGGUUCAGAUUUAUAUACAACACAAAGACAGUAAGGCUCCAAAACUGACUUUGUGUUUGAUGUAAAUAUCAGGUUGAUUCAAAUAAGCUCUGAUAAGGAGAUUAGGUCAUAACAAAUUGGUGGUCAAGUGACUUAUCUUCAAUGAAUUCUAAAGCAAUAUUCAUUAUGAUAUCACUGAGACAUCCCACCGGGCAGAAUGAGGAACCUGACAUCUCAACAUCACCCUUUUUUCCCACUGUUGUAUAUAUAAAGAAAUGUGAUCUGCAUGUGUAUAGUGUGAAGAUACUAAUAUGUUUCUCACUGCAAGGCUUAUGCAAGGUUUUAUACUAUCCAAACGCUGCAUUGAUCCUUUAACCGCGCGUCCACAGCAGGUAGAAAACAAACACGUAGUGCUGGAGGAAGACGCUCGCUCUUACUCAUGUCACGUUUAAAUGUUGGGGUCAUGGAGACGCUGCGUGAAAUCCUUUCAUAGAUAUUCGUUCAGUAGUGUUGGAGUAUCUGUAGUCGCCUCAGGGGUGCACUAUUACACAGUAACAGCUUUGUAGACUGACACAAGGAAACCAACAUGCAGUGGUGGAAUGUAACUAAGUACAUUUACUCAGGUACCACACCUCAUUUGGACAUAACUGUACUUUACUUGAGUUUUCCAUUUUAUGCUACCUUGUACUUCUAUUCCGGGACAUUAUAAAAGCAAAUAUAGUACAUAUCCACUUACAGUAUAUGAUAUGAUGCAUUACUGUACUAAUCAAACCAGUAUUGUAUCUGAAAUUGGCCAAACAUUGACAAAAAACAACAUUAAAAUGCUCCUACAUGGAUGUGUUAGUGAUUAAAACAAGAUUAUACUGUAUAAUAAUCUAUUAUCAUAUAGUACAUCCUCAAAGGGCCAUCCUGCAUACCAAUUACUUUUACUUUUGAGGCUUUGAGUACAUUUGGCUGAAAAUACUUCUGUACUUCUGCAUUUGAAAUGCAGUACCUUUGCGUGUAUUGGAGUAUUUCAAAGUCAGAGUAGAGGCACAAAAUAUAAAUAUGAACCUGGAGAUGAGAAUAAUAUGUCCCCUUUAGGACAAUAGUCUUUUUUAAUUCUAAUUAAGCAAUUUUUCCACCUCUGCCAACACUUUGCAUGGUCAUUUCUUUGUUGAGCGUAACGUUCAGUAAGGAUGUUCUCUUCAGGUCUGUUGCGAUCACAUCGAGCUGUUUUCAGUGCAGAUCAAAUGUUUUAUUCUUAACGCGCAUUAAAAGUCCCUGCUGAAGGACACGAAGUAUUGUACAGGGUGGAGGGCAAAGAGCCUGCUUUGGAUGUCAGCGUGUGCCUGAUGGAAUAAUAAUACUAUAGUUCAGGAACUCUCAGCUGAGGAAGUCUUUAUGAAAGGAUUUCACUCUGUCAUUCAACAUUGUCUGGUGUUUUCUGUUUCAUUACACAUCAGAGCCGCCAUUCACAAAGCCAGAGCAGAAGUGCUCGUCCCUGUGUGCGUAGGGCGAGAAUUUAAUAAAAUGUUCUUUCAAUUCUGGUAGAUUCAAUCUCCUGCUAAUCCACUAUUCUCUAUAUUUCCAAAGAAUGUAAUGAAAACCCAUGAAAUGAUCUCUGCAGUGUCACAGUUUGGUGAUCCCGCUGAUCAUCAUAGAAAAUACGAGAUGAAUGUCAUCUGCCUUUUCUAACACUGAGAUUAAUUAAAUGUAAUUCAUUGCAGCGCAAGUCAGUGGCUCUUGCUGUGAUUGAAUAUAUUCCUAACUUUGAUUGAUGACUCAUAAUUGAAUAUAACUGAAAAGCCACUGUUCCUCAUCAGCUCACCCUCUAACACACACUUGGACUUGAACUGAUCCCAGUUCAGCAGAACUCCAUCUCUGGACAAACAUUGGAAAUGAUUCAGAAAUGCAUUGUACUGUCUGCUUAGAAAUAGUUCUUUGUCACACGUCUGCCCCCACCGUGAUACUCCCAGCACCUGAGAAUGUUUUUUUAUACAAGAAAAAAGAUUAAAUAAUAUUCCUAAAAAAAUACUUUCAUAUAAUCAAUGUAUUUACUUUGGGACAAACGUACCUCAUCCCAAACUAAUGCAUUAACUACAAAAAUAAAUCGCACUUCUUUUGAAUGAAUGGACAUUGAAUACAUUGUCAGAACUUUUUGUUGCAUCAUAUUUAGCACCAAAAAGACUACUCCUGCAACUAAUGUGCUUAUUGAUGUAUCUCCAUACUCUGAUAUUAUAGCCUAUACCCGCUGUCCUGAAGAGGUAGUGUAACUGCAGCAUGCUGACCUGUAGAUUUGUUGUGGGACAGCAGCCGUGAUGAUGAUCUCUAAUAAUAAUAGUAUGAAUUGCAGUUGUCUGUAUCGCUGUUCUCCUAAGUCCAUCCUUUUCGCUGAGAUUUGGUUUUCCCAUGAUCCUCCUGGGUCUUAACAUCACUUGUCAAUGCUGGCAUUAAGCUGAGAGUGAUAGUUAGAGAAGAAUAUUUCAGAUUUUUAAAGGUUGCUGCCAAUCACAAAUCUUUUGGGUGCACACACAAUAACUCAUUAUUUUGAAAAUCUAAAAUAAUGAUGAACAUAUAACACAUUUAAACUUUGAAGCCUCCAUUUGGAAAAGUCAAACUUUUUUAAUUGGAAAUGUAAUGGUAUACAAAAUUAGUUUUUUCCCUUUCGGAAAAUCACAAGAGGAAAUCAACUAGUACUCUCCUUUAACAUCACUUCUGAGUUAAGGCUUAUGUUUAUUUGAGGGUUUCGAUCUAAUUCUAAUCGAUUAGACAUUAGUUUUGGGAACCCCCAGAGUCAGGAUGGCUUUUGAGGCAAAACGAUAUCCUGUUAGUUGUUUUAGCACAUGGUUUGGGCAGGAGAAGUAUUGCCACUGUUAAUAUUACUGCUGUUGCUUCUUUUCUUUGUGAAGAGAUGUGGGAUAACAUCAUCACAGGUAUGGGUCGGUUUGUUAAAUCUGUAUGAAUUCUGAAGUAUGACGCCUUUAGAAAAAUAUAUGUAACAUUUUUGUGGUUUGAUUUUAUUUGGUGUUGUGUUUAAGGUUUACAUUUCUUUAAUUGAAGUCAUAUUAAUUCUGCUUUAUUGUCACAUGCACAUUAAACACGGAAACAUUUAAUCGUUUAUUCCUCAGGAUAGUGCACAUUGAGUUUGCAUGUUGUUCCUUGUUGUUACUUUCACUUUGAGAGAAAUCACUUGAAUGCUUUAUUAUAUCUUAUAAGAGUUCAGAUCUCAUUGCUCCAGAUCGGUAAUCAUUGACUCUAGCGAUACUUCACUGCACUGCCAUGAACAAGUGGCCAUACACCCUUGUUUGCUUGAAGAAUAUGAAUAUUUAUAUACCCGUAUCAUAUUAGACCCUUCGGCACCCUGCAAAGACUUUUAUAAAGCUUCUCUUUUUCUGUAAUGAAUGAAUAAUUCCAAUUAAAUGAAUUUUCAACAGAGAA